GCAAAGGAGAGGAAGAGAGAAAGAGACACACAGCAGGAGAACAAGCAGCUCGCCUCAUUCCGCUGCUUUCUCAGCAUCCAUUCUGUGAGAUCCUAUUCCGGAGAGGAGCGCGCUACACAACACGCAAAUUGGAAAGGAAGAGAGGAUAAAAUCCAUUGAUGAGGGUGGAUAUGGUGGGAAAUACUGCAUAAUCAGGGCUCAGCGGCAGCCACUGUCACCUCUUACAGUUUGGUGGCGGUGUAUGAAAGUUUCCAUCUUCUGGGGGGACACCCUCCCCUUGAUGUGGGGAUGAACAGCAGAGGCUGAAUUUUACUCUGAAGGCAGGUGAAGAGCUGUGAGGACCAGCUGGAUUCACUUGCAAUGGAGCUGGUAGUGCGCACUUGAAGAGAUCAUACAAUUUUUUUCUCUCUUUUUUUUUCUCUCUUCUCCUCUUACUCAGUCUCUCAUGCACAUUUUCCAGUAGACUACAUGAAAUUAUUUCACUGAACCGAGGAGGAAUAUCUGGGGAGAUCAACCCAAAAAGACAUCAUCUUUUACCAGGAAAGUAAAAGGGAAUGGAUUAUGUACAAAAUCACUGAAGGACACCUUGUUCAAAGUAAGUAAGUUUUAAUCAGGAGCGGCUCUGAAUUGGGUUGUGUUUCUGAGAGACUUGGAGGAUUUUUGGCUUUUUUUCAUUAGUGUGAAGCAGCAUAGAGCUUUGUUCGUGACAGCAUUUCUUGUGGACUAUACGGAUUUGGAAGGCAUUUCAAGACCCUGGAGUAAGUGACCUGUGAAAUAAGUCACACGGGGGAAUUUUUAAAGAACGUUUUCUGAUUCUGCACCAGUGUAGGAACAUCCAACUCUUAGAAGUCCAUUAGAUAAAAAAAACCUGAGCAUAGGGAAAAGAGGAAAAGAAGAAAAGAGCAAAGAAUAGAACAUGGCUGAGGGGAUGAUCGCUUCAGAUUGUGAACCGUGACAGAAUGGUGGACUGUAUGAACAAAGUCAUGCUGCACACAGUCGUCUCGUGCUGGCAGCCAUUCCUGGGACUGGCACUUGUGGCUGUCUUUGUGGGUUCUACCUUGGGAUGUCCUUCACGCUGUGAGUGUUCAGCACAGACUAAGGCAGUUGUCUGUCACCGCAAGCGCAUGCCCAGCAUCCCAGAUGGCAUUCCAACUGAGACCAGGAUUCUGGACUUGAGUAAAAACAAGAUGACAAUGAUCAACCCUGAUGACUUUGCUGCCUUUCCUGGGCUUGAGGAACUUGACCUCAGUGGAAACCUUAUUAGCUAUGUUGARCCUGGAGCUUUUAACUUCCUGUUUAACAUGCACUCACUCAGUCUUAAGAGUAAUCGUAUAAAGCUUAUCCCUCAGGAUGUCUUCACAGCCCUAACAAAUCUUACCCAUCUAGAUAUAAGUGACAACAAGAUUGUCAUCCUUCUGGAUUAUAUGUUCCAAGACUUGCAUAAUCUAAAGUCUUUGGAAGUUGGUGACAACGAUUUGGUUUAUAUUUCUCACCGUGCAUUUAGUGGACUUGUAAGCUUGGAGACACUAACUUUGGAAAGAUGCAACCUUACAGUUGUACCCACAGAGGCCCUUUCCCACUUGCACAACCUGGUCAGACUCCACCUGCGUUACCUCAGCAUUAGCACUUUGCAUCCGUACUCAUUCAAAAAGCUUUUCCGGCUGCGGCAUUUAGAAAUUGAUAACUGGCCUUCACUGGAUCACGUGCCAGCUAAUACCCUACAUGGACUAAACCUUACAACACUGUUUAUCACCAACACCAACCUAUCCAUUUUCCCUUACCAAGCCCUUAAACAUCUGCCCUACCUGACACAUCUCAACCUAUCUUACAACCGCAUCAGGCACAUUGAAGGGGGCAUGCUCAUGGAGCUUGUUCGGCUGAAAGAGUUGCAUCUAGUUGGAGCUCAACUAACUUCUGUAGAGCCGUAUGCAUUCCAAGGUCUGCGGGGUCUCAAAGUCCUCAAUGUCUCUCACAACCGACUGGACACGUUGGAAAAGAGUGUGUUCCAGUCUCCCGAGGCUCUGGAAGUUCUUCUGAUUGACAACAACCCACUGGUAUGCGACUGUCGUCUCAUGUGGAUUCUACAGAAAAAACAMUCCAUCUUCUUCGGAGACUCGCAACCGGAAUGCAGCACACCUGAGGGAAUACGUGGACGACCUUUUAAGGAAUUUAAGGAGACCCUACUGUCUUAUUAUGUGACGUGCACCAAGCCAAAAAUCCGUGAGAAUAAGACACACACGUACACUGUGGAYGAAGGCCAGCCGGCAAUGCUGCGCUGCAGUGCUGAAGGGACUCCAAGGCCAAGYGUGUCAUGGUUGUCCCCACGCCGACGAGUGCUGACAAGCAGGAGCCAUGGAAGACUGAUGGUGCACAACAAUGGCACACUAGAGAUUAAGUCAGCGGAGAUGCAAGACAGUGGAGUGUACCUUUGCCUUGCCUCUAACACAGCUGGAAAUGACACUCUGAUGGCGUCAUUGGCAGUGAAAAGUCUUGGAUCGCUGUAUGCUAACAGGACCCAGCAGUACACAGAUCUCAGCAAUACCACUGCCAAUGGAACAGCCGGCGUGAGCCUAGGUUUGGAUCUUAAAACUAUUUUGGUGUCAACAGCUAUGGGCUGCUUCACCUUCCUGGGAGUGGUCUUGUUUUGCUUCCUGCUCCUUUUUGUUUGGAGCAGAGGGAAAGGAAAACAUAAAAACAACAUUGAUGUUGAGUAUGUACCUCGAUCAAAGUCCAWUGGCACCAAUGUUGAUUCAGCCGAGGGACAAGUUGGUCCUCGUCGUUUUAACAUGAAGAUGAUGUGAGUUUACAUAAAUAUAUACAUAAAGUGAAAAAGACACAUGMAAGAGAGCGUGAUCAAGACGGGGAUUGUGAAAAUGCACAAAGAAUAAUGUAUUUUUUUGAAAAGAAGAUAAAAGGAUUGGUCCUGAAAAUCCUUAAGGUCUCGUAACUAAAUUGGAAGUACUUUAAGUCACUGGAUUUUGGCAUAAUGCUUGGAUUCAGUGUUUUAACUGUGACAAACAGAUUAAACUGUUACAUGAAUGCCAGUUCACUAAUUCUCGGAUGAGGAACGACAUUUUUGUCAUCAUGGACACCUGAAGAAAAACACUGUCAUGUAAUAUCUCUUGAAAUUUGUAUGCCCAAAAAGAAGCCCUUGGUUUUGGGUUGACUAUAGACUCAGCUAAACAAUGUACAGUACAAAUUUGUAUCUAAGCUAUUAACCUACUUUGUUUAGUUCUGCGCCAUGCCUCUUCACUGAACAAGUCAAYGAAAUAGACCAUGGUUUCUUUAUUUCAGUACUAUGUUUACCAAAUGCUUCAUUAUGUACAUGUAAGUGCAUAUUCAUUCAAGAUAACUAUUCAUAGCAAUAUUCAUGGGAUGCAUUAGCCAAAAUUGUAACCCCAAAUGUUCUGCAAGAACGUUAUUCAAACUUGAAGUUUCCAUUGAUUUAGGAAGGGCUUUUAUAGUUGAUUUUCUGUCCCUGUUCCUAAUUGUCAACUAAAUGAUAUUAAUCAUAUAUUAUUUACUAAUACAGAUACAGGAAAAUAUUUAUAAAAAAAAACUAUUGAUUUUGCAAAAAUCGAUCCUUCAACACUGUUCAGGAUUUACCAUUACACUUGAAUCAUCAUGAAGACGGCCUAUUGGUUGAAG